AUGAGUUUUGUGGCAAAGUUAAAAGGUUUAGAAGCAGAAACAAGAACAGCAAGCAAUGACAAAGACGAUGACAAAAUAACAAAAAAAAUUGAGAGCAUUACUAUAAAAAACAAUAUUUACAAAGGAAAAGCCAAGACAUUCUAUAAAAGAAAAAGAGAUGCAGAAGAUGUAUGCAAAAAAUCUGCACAUAUGGAGGCUAUAUGCAUUGAUUAUGAUAAAAACCUGCCAGUGCCCACCAUUUCUACGAACGAUGUCUAUUACAAGAGGCAAUUUUUGAUUUAUUCGUUCAAUGUUCAUGUUCUAUCCAGUUCGCAAAAGUGUAUUUUGCGUAUACGACGAUACUGA